GGCAGUGGGCACCGAGUCACCAGGCGUGACAGCUGGCUCUGAGUCAACUGGCACGACAGCGGGCAUCAGGCCACAAGGUAUGACAGCGGGCACUGGGUCAUCAGGCAUUGGAUUGUCUGGCAAGACUGCGGGCACCGAGUCAUCUGGCAAGACUGCGGGCACCGAGUCAUCUGGCAAGACCGCGGGCACCGAGUCAUCUGGCAAGACCGCGGGCACCGAGUCAUCUGGCAAGACCGCGGGCCCCGAGUCACCAGGCACAACAGCGGGCUCUGAGUCAACCAGCACAACAGCGGGCUCUGAGUCAUCUGGCAAGACUGCGGGCACCGAGUCGGCUGGCAAGACAGUGGGCUCCUAGUCAUCAGGCUGGAUCAGUUCAUCAGGCUGGGUAGAGACAUCAGGCUGGACAUCAGGCUGGGUAAAGACAUCAAGCUAAAUUGUGGGCGCCGAGGCACCAGGC